UGUCCCAUUUAGCCCCAAUCCGAAUAUCUCAAGGCAGAGUCCGGCUGAUCUGUCGUUGCGAUUCCAUCUUACUUGCUUUCUCUCUUUUCACUUGACCUCUUAUGAUUUAUCGCAUACGCCAUUUGAUACCCUAGCCUUGGGGCUGCCGCUGCCAACACUCUUGCCAUCAACUGCGCAGGUCCUUUCUCUUUACCGCAGCAAUCGUCAGCCUGACUGCCCCAGCCGGACUCAGCACAUGCAAAGUCGAAACCACAAUGCGACAUUGAACCGCAAUGAUAGAGGCCGGUACCUCUUUGACGAAAGACGCUUGAUUGUAUCCCAACCGCUACAUACACACAGAACAUGGUUGAUACAUUGCACCCUCCGCCGUCCGUCAUUGCGACAUGGCCGAAACCGAAUUAUAUUAAUCCCGAGACAAGGGGACCUGCUCUUGAAUAUGUUUGCAUCAUCUUUGCCGCCCUUGGCACCACAAUUGUCACGGCUCGAAUCUACUCUCGAGUGUUCAUUACAAAAGCACCAGGAUGGGACGACCUCCUCGUGGUCAUCGCUCUUCUGUUCCUCAUUGCCCUGUCCGUCUUGGUCAUCAUCAGCAACAAAGUCUACCACACUGGUCGACAUGUCUGGGACAUUCCCGCCGAGACUUUUGUCGGAAACCGUCUUAAUAUCUGGAUCAGCUUGUGGUGUUAUAUCGUUGCAAUUAGCUUGAUCAAAGUCAGUGUCCUCCUCUUCUAUCGCCGACUCAGCGUCAAGUUCAGCAAAGCUUUCUUGAUUGCCACCUGGAUCGGCAUCGCGUACAACAUCCUGUACUUCGUGGCCUUUGGUCUGACACUGCUCCUUCUGUGCGACCCCCUCCAGUCAUACUGGGAGAGUUUUGACCCCGUCUGGGCAGCUACACACAAGUCGCAUUGCGCCAACGAAAGUGUCGCGCUCCCAACAUCAGCCGCAUUCAGUGUGCUGGGUGAUUUUUACAGUACGCUGCUGCCACUGAUACUGGUCUACCAUCUGGAUCUCCCUCCCAGACAGAAGAUAGCCUUGUAUUUGUUGUUCGCCCUUGGAUUCAUGGCCGUUGCGGCAGGCAUCGUGAGGACGGUGCUUCUGUACGACUUGUUGAAUGUGAACUACGACUUUUCCUGGGAACUCUGGGUCACCUGGAUUUGGGCCCUGCUUGAACUGUAUCUGGCGCUCUUUGCGGCGAGCGCACCUGGUUUGAAGCCGUUCUUCCGACGUUUCUUCGUUGAUUCGAUCGGAAGUCUCGCAAGGAGCUCCAGACGUCGCAUGGAUUAUCAUGAUCAAACAGGAAACAAAGGGACCUGGGUUUCCGAGACGACCAAGACGCCAAUGAGCGUGGACGUGGCUGUCGAUGAUGUUGAGAGGAUCGGCGUCGCAUAUGGCGGAGACGAAAUAGAACCUAGGGAGAGAGGUUUCCUGCACGACAUUGAGCAGGACGAUACGAGGCAUUUCGAGCUCCGAGCCAGCCGGGAUGGCAAAAAGAUGAUUCCAAUGCAAGUUUACAAGCGAAGUACCGGCGGCUCGGAAACGCCGUCCAAUCCUUUCUCGGACCACGCUCGUACCCUUGCCAACUCGACACCAAGGACCGAAAACUGGCCUAUGCCGCCCGUGGCUGGUGAUGCUGGGUUGACUGCUCUACCGAAUGCAGAAAUUCAAACGGCAACACAGCAGUCACGUCCGGUUUACAUUGGCCUGCGAGUACAACAACCGGCGACCGACGCGAGGCCGCCGACAAGAAGUGGAAGUGUAAAGGCUGCAAGGUUGAGGGCACAAGCAAACAUGUAUCCUCCACCGAAACGAGCAUCCAUAAUCAAUCCACCCCAAUUCGAAGACCAGCAUGAUGGACUCGGGUCGGGAUCACAAUUGGAGUCACCCAGCGAUACUGACGAGGGGUCGAUAUAUGAAGAUGAGCGACCGCCCUGGAAUACCAUCAUUACGACCAGCAGCAGAAGUGCACAGACGAGAGACCAGAGCAGCAGUGAUGAGACGCUGCAGUUGCCCAGGAUGGGCAGCAGGGAUUUCCAUCCCGGAGCAGCACAUUCGCGCAUUCCCAUACCUAAAGAAGCGACGAGAGUUGGUUAUGCAUCAUGAUAUGAAGGGAGGAGAAGUGUUGUCUCAGUUUAAUGCUGCAAGAAGUGUGAUGUGUGAUACCAUUUAGCCGCUGUAUUGCUUUUAACUCAUCCACCUCAUCCCAAUGGUGUCGGCUAGAUUCUACGAGCAGUACAGCGAAGUGUUUACGAUGUACAGAUAUUGGCCAGAACCGUA